AUGACUGUUGCUGCGAUCGCGUUCCCAGAAGACGCAGGGCCUGUGUCGCCAGUGAGACCGCACGGGACGCUACGGUAUGUGCUACGGCUGCUGGCGUUGUCGGGCUAUGGCCUUGCCGCGUUUUAUGCUGUUGUUUUGCUGGUGAUCAAGCCGAUGCUCAAAUUGAGCUUCGAACGGCGGCGAGACCUGGCUAACCAUUGUUUUGGCCAUCUGCGCGCUCUUUAUGGGAACCUUGUGGACAAGGUUAAGUUUGUGCCGUCCGUAGAGCUGAACUAUCGCGGCCUGCUAUAUAAAGACAGCAUGUGCUCGACAGAGACGGAUGAGGACGACGUGGUCGUGCAGGAGGAGCACACUCGCGGGGUGCGUUUUGACGACGAGGUCUCCAAGAGGGAUUACAACGAGCUCAAUUUGUCGCAAACGGUGAUCUUAGGCCAAAACCUCGACAGGCUAAAGGAUACCCUCAAUAAGAUUCGAGUGAGCAGCUACCAUCACAAAAACAGUGUCCCCUCGUUCGGCGGCCGACUCGCGGCCAGCGACGUGAGCGAGAUGCAGCCGCUAAUUUUCCAGGUGAAGCAGCUGAAGAACUGCGUUGAAAUGGUGAGUUCAGACCACCCUCGUGAGUAUUUAUUCAAAAGAAGCCUCAACUACGCCCGAGGCCCAAACAAACUGAAUCUCGUGGACGACCUGCGCGACGAGUUGGACGAUCUGCGCAGAGUCGUCCAACAAGCUAGAACUAAGUAA